GUGCACCAAGCGCCUCCAGUGCCACAAAACCACCACAGCGAGCUGGGGCCGCUUCCGCGACGCUUCUCUCGAUCGUCGUGUCGCAUCGUGAGCCCGCUUCGCACCCUCGCUACAUCAUUCCUAGUGCUACCCGCCACUCCUCCGAAACGACCUACCUGCUUUCCCGCGCCAGACCCCUGCCCUAGCACGUGUUGUCACGCGCCGACCACGACCGAAGCUUCCCUAAGCUCUCGGCACCGCAGCCCUGCCGCGAUCCCCGCCGACCCACGACAACGACGACGACGACGACGACAACCGCGACGCCGCCGAUGCAUCGGUCCCGAGGACCCUGAAGCGGCUCAAGAUGGCUUCCAGGGAGCCGACGGAGGAUGAAAUCUCGCAGAUACUGGAGAUUGCCAACUUCAACCCGCACGAUGACCGGGCCAUGGUUAUCCAGGCGUUGAAGAGCAACGGCUGCAACAUAGAGACAGUCCUGAUGCAGUUUUUCGACAACUCCGCCAACUUCAGGCAAAAGUAUACCCAGAUAUGGAAUGAGAGCAUGUUUUCCGCCGAUAGAGAUGGUAGCGAUAACAACGCGGGCAUCUCUUUUCACGUCGAGUCGAUGGGCCAGAACGAAGUCAUACAAGGCGUCACUCCUCCCCCAGAGAACUACGGCCCCGGAGCCCCCUCGAGGCCGCCGUCGAGAUCAAACGAUCGAUCGCCACUCGGGAGAAUGGUGGACUGGGCUGCUGGACCAGACGCGCCAGGUGCUUCUGAUGCACACUCACGCGAGGACGAGGACAUGCAGCGGGCCCUCCGCGAAUCGGCACAGGAGGCUGGAAUAGCCCUGCCGGCUCAGGAGACGGGCGUUGUGGAUUCAUCGUCCUCGGCGCCACGUUUCGGACCAGCUAACCGCGGCGAGUACGAGUCAGACAACUGGGCUAUGAUCCCGGCCGAGUCGAGCAAGGCGGGUGAACUGGCUCCGGAAGCUAGGAGGAGACCCGCGGGAGUGCCGGCGUUUCUUAUUCAAGGACGAUCCUCAUUCGGAGAGCAUCGCCUGGGUGGUUUGCUGACUAUUCUCCACGAGAUACCGCUUGCUCGAAAUGUCCUGCUGCAAUGCGGCACGCCUGCUGCAUCAUAUGGGUUUAAUAGCGGUUGGUGGAAUGGCCAGGAGAUACUUACGCCCGAAAUCUUGGCCAGGCUGCAGUCGGGCGAGCUUGGCUGGGGAGAGAGACACGACGCAUUUACCGGCAGUCAUGAGGAGAUGCACCGGCUCAUGGCCUUUCUGGACUCGACAGAGCGCAGUUACGGUACCGUGAGCGUGUUGACGGACCUUAUUCCCAGUUCUAGCCUCGGUCCUGAGAAGCAGUUCUACGAGCACCUCACCGAGUUGAACGGCGACUUGAUCAAGCCGUUGACUCAGGUCGCGACCCUGGCCCGCGUCCUCGGCGGCAGCAUCAGCGAUGACGAGGCCAAGUUUGGCUUGCUGGAGAUUGAGCAUCUCCGAUCCGACUACAAGUACAUCAAGACCCUGUACGAGUCGCUCGACCAUAUCAUGUGGAGCGAUGCCCUCGCCUGGGGUGAAUUGAGCGAAGACUCUAAGAUGGCCGUAUUCAAGGAAAUGGGCGAGGUCAUCACCAUCAAGAUAGGAGGCGAUGGUCCAGCAGAUUCUCUCGACAUCCCCCUCGAAUUCUACCCCGAGAAAUAUCUCGACUCGCGCAAGGAGGAGGCCCGCAGAAUACAGCAGGGUUGGUGCGACACAAAGGAGCAAAUCAAAGACAUUGCUCUUGCUCAACAGGAACUGCAUCGCUGGCUCAACGACUGGAAUCACGAGUCGUUCGACAAAGGAGAUGUGCUCAAAAAGGUCACGGGUCAGUGGACCGCGUACCGCGAAUACCUAGCCGGUCGAGGGCGGUUCCGGGGCAUGGAGGAGUCUGGUUUUGACACGGACAAGUAUCCGGACUACCGGGCAGCGCCCUGCACAAUGAACGACGAGGAGCUGGGUCAUCAAGAGCAGGUCGAGGAAGUGCUCAAGGCAGCGAGCCUGGCCGCGGCCGAUAUAGAGGCUAAGCUGAAGGUCACGAACGAGCAGCUGGAACGGGUCCAUGCCAAACAGCGGUUCCUCGGCAGACUUCUCACCGACCCCAACAAGGAGGGUCGGCCGCGCCCCAUGACGUGCAAAAGGUACCUUCUUCGGGGCGUGGCGACACCGAACGACGUGAUUUACCUCUGCCAGCGCUCCGAGCCAGAUCUGAUAGAGUUGGAGGAAUCCCCCAAGCCGCUGGAUCAGUGGUGGAGACUGGCGUACGCACCCAAUGAGGAGAAACCAGUAAAGGCCGAGAAAAUCGAAGUUGAGCGCGUCUUUCGUGAGAUGUGGCAGGUCACGAAGAACCCGCUUUUCGUCUAUGCCACCGAGGAGGCACUCGGCGCGCAUCGGGAGCCGCUGUCGGCGCCUCUGGACCGGUUCGCGCGGGCGGAGAACAAGGCUUUCCGUCAGGAACUGAGCCGAGAGGUGACCGAGGUGGACUCACGGAAGCCCUCACUGGGUGAAGCAAUCUCUCCGUCCAAACGCAAACACCGCUCGGAUAGCCCAGAUUCCAUGGAUAGUAAUCGUGCAUCGAUCGGUAGCGUCGAUCAUGGGGGCUUCGACAACCCGUUUGAGGAGAACCAAGACAUGCGGGCAACCGAGAUGAUGGACAUGUCGGGGCACCAGUUUCCUGCCGAUGCAGAGUCGGCAGACACGACGCCGCCUGCCCCACAGGGCCGGCAACCUGCGUUCACAGAGAGCACCUCAGCCACCCUGACCCCAAACACGUUGCCCGCCGAGGACCUGGAGCCCGUGGGCACGAUCCAGGGACAGUCAUCCCUAACGGGUAUCGUUGAGAAGGCAGCCCGAGUACCCGAAAUGCAGGAACGUUCGAGACCACCGGCCUUUAUAGCGCCGUCCCAACGAGGCUCGGGCCAGGACAGUGGAAACAAGGCGGGCAUAGACAUGGACCUCGCAGAGCAUGAACGCUAGCGCCUACAUAGAAGGGCGAGAGAAGCAUGAAAUUGGUUCUGGGACCCGAAAGAGCAGUCCAUGUUUUCUGUGUGUAAGGGCAGAGGGUUCGAUUCCCUGGCUUGGAGGCUCGAUGAGGUCGUAACGAGGGCAUUCAGAUGAUACAAGCGGCUCGCUUUUGUCUUAUCGGAAACAACUGUAGGGCUAGGCGUCCUGGCGCAGGCGCAUUGCAUAGGCACAACACUAUAACACUUUGUAC